GCGCAAGACACGGAGUGACGUGACGAAUCCCGAGAGGAGGAGCAGGAGGACGUGCAGGAUACCUAUAGUCUUGCGUGGGCUACUAGUGUAGGGGUGCAGACAGACGAUUUUGUGGUGGAAGCGGCCGGAGACAUGGUGUUGACGGCUAGGAAGUGGGUGGUAGACGAGUCCAGGGCGAGGAAAUGGGCCGCCUCCAAGAAGUUCACCAGAUCUUGGAAGUAGCAGGUUCGGGGCGCAUCGUGCUACUGCUCGACUUGCCGAUUAGGCUGCUACGAUGACUGCAGGGUAGCGAAGGUGUACCCCGACUUGGUUGGCGAGGUGAUGGAGAAGUCGGGAAAAGAGACGGUUGGGAGACGCACGCUUGGGACUCAAUUGACCGGAGUUAUUCUUCCGGUCAUAUCUUCGGACGAGUCCCCAGUAGCGCCUACGCUUGACGAGACCAUGCGGGAGGAGGAGGAGGAGGAGGAUGAGGUGGAGGAGGAGGGGGAGCGGGAGGAAGCGCAAUACGAAAGCUCAAGAGGUUGCGUAGGUAUCGCGAAGAGGAGGUUCCCGGAGGUGGGAUGGACGUGGUUUGUUCUACCGGAAUAG